AGAAGAAAUAGGAUUUUCCGUGUAAUACAAGUAUGGGUGUUAAAGGCUUGCAUUCGUUUGUGGUCAGUGCCUGUCUGGAUGGAUGCCUAAUAGUAAACCUGAAAGAAGUGGCUGAAAACCAUUGUAGAACCUAUCCUGGAUCUGUUCCUGUUCUUGUAGUAGAUGCUAUGUCUUGUCUUCGACAGUGGUAUACACCACAGUCUUGGGUCUGUGGGGGCCAGUGGUGUGAAUAUCUUUCCAACUUGGACAGUUUCAUAAAUCGCUUUACAACUGCUGGUAUCAAACUAGUAUUCUAUUUUGAUGGCCUUAUAGAGCAAAAAAAACGAGAUGAAUGGGUCAGACGAAGACUGAAAAAUAACAAAGAAAUAGCUAAGAUCUUUCAGUUUAUCAAAGCCAAUAAGCAGCAACCUGGGAGAGGAAUGUUCUUUAUACCAUCUGGGCUAGCCACAUUUACACGCUUUGCCUUGAAAACCCUUGGUCAAGAGACUAUAUGUUCAUUGCAAGAAGCAGACUAUGAAAUAGCAUGUUAUGGACAAAAGAACAAUUGCAUGGGAAUUCUUGGAGAAGACACAGAUUACCUAAUUUAUGAUACUGCUCCUUAUUUUUCCAUUAAUAAACUACACUUGGAUUCACUGGAAACAGUAAUGUUCUCAAGACAAAAUCUCUGCCGUUGGCUUGGUCUCAGUGUCCCAGACCUUCCCCUUUUUGCUUGUCUCCUUGGCACAGACAUUGUCCCAGAAAGUGCUAUGGAAGGUUUUCGGAAUCAAUGUUUAUCUUCAUAUCAGGUAAAAAGACAAGCCUGUGACAAAAAAACAAGGAUUAUUCUUGCUGUGGCAAAUUAUAUUUCAACUAUUCCACAUGUACAUGAGAGUUUGAUAGUUCUGGAAAAAAUGCUGCCUUUGGGAUCAGACAAAUCAAUAUUACGCAAAGGAAUAGAAUCUUAUUUGCUGCCUGGACAGCAUUCUCCAUGGCUUCCUUGUGACUUUACAUCUCACUCAGUAGCAGAGCUGAAGAAGGAUAUCCCUCUUUGUUUGGAUCAGGAGAUCUUUCAGAUAGCUAAAGGGCAGCAUGUACAAGCUGAAAAUCAUAUGGUAUACAAUGUCCUAAGCUGUGGAGAGGUUGAGUGCAGCAACACAUUGGAAGAUGAACAUGAUACAUCACUUCCUGGACAGGCACUUAUCUAUCGCCCUGCUCGCCAGCACAUCUAUUCCAUCCUGCUGGAGUCUGCAAAAGAUGCCAGUGGAGGCUAUCCUGUAGUCAAGGAGUGGUUUGUGUAUGCUGGAAAUUCCCUGCAGCAGCCAGACCUAGUACAACCCAAACAACUUCCAGGUGGCAACCCUAAUUUGAGAUCACUGUGGCUCAACAGGGGGGCUGAGGCUGAAAAGCAACGUCGUUGGACAUUUCUGGCAUGCUUUCAACUUCAAGAUACCGCUGAGGAUCUCCAGACUCUGGAAACUCCUGUCUUUGUUGUCUGCUCCUUGUUACUCUACUUUGUUUUGCAAGUGGACACCCUCUCUUUAGAAGACCUGCAUGCAUUUAUGGCUCAGGCUCUGUGCCUUGAGGAGAAAUCAGCUGCUCAGCUUGCAGACUUGCAGCUUGCCCAAAUUGAUUCAAGAGCAGUACAGCUUGGUUCUCUCUUUAUCCGGGGCUUGGGUGUGCUGGUGAUGGCCAACAGUGCCUGCGGAUUCCCCUUUCGAAUGGAUGAUUUAAUGCCAUGGCAUGUAUUUGAUGGAAAACUUUUUCAAGAGAAAUACCACCAAGCUCAUAGAGGAUGCCCUUUACAUCAGCUCCUGGAACAUGAUGAAUUACGAUGCACAAAGUUUCAGAAUCUGAUGACCCUUAUUUGCAAAGUAGGCUCAGCAAAUGGAAGGAAAAUCCAGAGCAGACCACAACCAAACAGCUUGAUGAUGAGGAAGCACGAAAGGGGCAGAGGUUCUCACCUGCAUCUUCAGAGCAGAAUGCAGUCUCAUUCUUAUCAGCACCAGUACAAGGAAAGCCAGUGGAGAGGGCCUCAGCAAGCUGGUUUCUCCUCUGAAUCGCAGCCUCCAGGUCCACAAUAUAGACCAAGACACCAGUCCUUGAGGGGACAAUUCCAGCUUGCUCCUCGAUGGCCAAGAUGACACUCCUCAAGGCUAUAAAUGAAUAAGACAAGUCUGAGCAGAGGAGGAGUUCUUAUAAUAUAUGUAAUUAAUUGUUUGAUUCAUUGAAUUGAUUGGUUUUUGUAGUUUGUAAAGCAUAACGAGGCACAGUAUAUCUUUUGCGAAAUAAAAUGCAUGA